AUGCUGGAUUUUAAACCCACUCGGGCCUCCCCCACCAAACCGUCGACCUCUACGAAGAAGGGCCUGACCACCGCGUCGAGCACGAUCUCCCGCGCAUCAACGCUGACGGUCCCAGAGCUUGCGAACCUUCUUCCUCAAGACGUAGAACUCCUGGAUGCCGUAGUGGAACGUGCAGGGGCCAACGCUACUACUUUCCUCACCGUCUUCAAGGCAUAUAACGACAUCCUGCAAGAACGAGGACUCGACCCUAACGAAGUUGUAUACUACGGCAAACUCUUAAAACUGGGUACUCUGAAGGGGCAGAAUUGGCAGGACAAAUGGGCGGAGGUGAAACGCCAAAACGGGUUCGAGAGCAAGGUCCGUACACUGCCGGUCAAGAGGUCUACCACCACUCUCCGUCGUGACGACGAGUCCUUCACCUUGUUUUCCACGGACGACGGUGUUAUACCAUCGCACGACGCUUCCGAUAUUGGUGAAACUAGAUACCUUGAUACCCCUCGUGUAUUCCGACAAUCCUCGUCUCCCGUCCUCACUUCCGAGAGCACAGAAGACCACAUCAUCAAAACACAGAAUCACCCCCUCCUCAGGCCACCUCUUCAGAUAAAUAAUCCGACCGCCGUUAAACGUGCUGCCCCUGGUCGAGCUUCGAGGCGGUAUGAGGAGCCAUCAGCCAGUCGUCCAUCGACACCACCGUCGUACCGUACCCCGACUAGUGGAAAACAAGCGUCAUAUUCUACCAGAGCGCCCCCUCAGCCCACGCACAAGGUCAUCGAGAAGGUCCUGCCAAUCAAACCGGCCGUGAAUGAUCCUCAUGAUCGUGUUGCUGCGGCGCGGCUGACCAUCGCGCAAGCCAGGCAGCGAAGGGGUAGCGUGAUCAACGAAGAGGACGCAUGGAAGAAAAUAGAGAUGCGUCGGGAUGAAGAGGAGGCUGAUAGUUUCUAUCAAGAGAGGCUGAUGGAACGUUGCUGGGAUGUUUGGAGGCAGGGAUUUGAUUGGAUAAUUACCACCAACGAGCAGAUCAGCGAAGCAAGAGAUAACAUCAUUCUCCAAACUCAAUUUCAACGCUGGCGAAGCCGAACAUCAUCCAAGUUGGAACUCUAUGCCCGUAUUGCUACCAUCUCUGACAAUAGGCUCAUCCGACGCAUGUUGGACGUCUGGAGGGCUAAACUGAAAGUGAAACGGCAGAAUAAAUGGCGGCAAGACAUGAGGAAGAAGAUGAAAAUAAUCCGAGAAAGGAGGGAGACAAAUUUGCAGAAGGAGGUUUGGAUGCAAUGGCGGCAAUUGUAUAGAUCUCGCCUCGCCCACGAGUACUAUUCCAAGAGGUUACUUCUGAGAUUUCACAAACGGUGGAAGGACUCGCUCGUUAACCUGGACCAUCUCGAUACCAUUGCGGAUAAUGCCCUAAAAUCAACGGAUUCUCGCCUGUUGAGCGGAUUUUGGUAUCGUUGGAGGCGUGCCUUGGAGAUACGUUCAGCUGAGAAGGCGGUUGAAGAGUCAGUCAAUGUGCGUAUCAUGGCUGACGCGCUCACGAAAUGGAAAUCGCGCAUGCACACAACGCAAAACGCGGACCACUUUUAUGACACCGUAGUAAUGAAACGAGCAAUACACUCUUGGAAGGCCGCACGAGACAGAAUACAUGCUCUGGACACCCGCGCCGACAAACAUCUUGGCCGUCAAGACGACAUCUUGCUCAGGGCUGUGAUGCGCGUUUGGAAGGCCCGUGAACGAGGAAAGCUAUUGGAACGAGUAAAGUCCUUACGAGCCGUUAAAGUCGCUUGGGCAACUUGGCAGAACUUCAUUGCUGUUCAACGGGAACAUGAAGCUAAAGCGGACGCCUUCUCGCAGCGUGUAAAUUCAUACGACGCGAAGUCCGCGCUGCUACAGUGGAAAAGAGCGUAUGCAGGCCAAUUGAGCACGCACAGAUUCGCCGUCCAGUACCAUUCAAAAUUAGUAAUGCAAAAUGCUUUCCGGAUAUGGCGGGCUCAACUUCGGGAGAAACUAAAAUUACAUCGGCAAGCUCGGAUGGUCGAAAAGCAUCUCAUAACGCGUCGAGCUUGGAAUCGCUGGCAAGAACGUUUGGCGGAGCUGCGACGAGAGAAGCAGUUGAAGGGUUUGGAAACGAAACGUCUGGCAAGAUAUUACAACUUGUGGGCACAACGCACCCAUCGGUCGAGAGAAUACAGAAUCGCCGAAGAGACGAUGGUUACCGCUAUAAACCUACGCGUCAUGUCUGACGCACUCAACCGCUGGACCAAUCGGGUUAUCAACGUUAAACUCCAGGAACUCGACGUGUCUCAACGUCGCGAUCAGAUGGUCCUGAGCAAUGCUUUCAACAAAUGGAAAACGGUUUGUAUGAGACACGUUGAGGAACUUAACCUCAUGGAGAGUUAUCAAUUUGUAAAGCGGGAAGAAACUCUUCGACGCGUGUAUAACCGGUGGUUGGCUGCCGCUCGAGCUUCAAGACAUCGCCGGCUCAUUCUCCAGAAAAAGGAGGAUCAAUUGAAGUUGGCAACGCUCUCCAUUAUCUGGGAUAAGUGGAGGGGCCGUUUCAAGGCCGAGCGGUUACGACCCAUUGAACAAGAUGUAGUACUUCAAACUCAACGCAAUUUACUAUUCCGUGCUUUCGGAAUAUGGCAUGCGAGAACCAAAUCUCUACCUGCGAUACGGUUCCACGCCUCCCAUAUUAAAUCCAAGUACUGGGAGAAAUGGCGAGCCACUAUGCCCAAAGCUAUGCUGGCGAAGGAAGCGCGAGAGAAGCACCGGCAUUCCGUACUAUCGUUCCAUCUUGCCAAAUGGCUUCAAGUGUAUCGAACGAAGAUUGCUUUGAAAGCAGUAGCUCGUGCAAGAUAUCUGCGAUUACCUACAUCCACUCCACGACAAAUUGCCUCAUCUUCGAAUCCCGUUACGUCGGCAACCCGAAGAGCCUUUCCACAAUCUCGUCGACAAGAGAUUGAGGAUGAUAGCGACGCGGAAUCGGGUGUGGAUACAACUGUGCUAUCUAAACCGUACACCGCUCGAAAUGGUAUAGCGAAGCUUCUUUCAACUGAAGCCCGCACACGAAAUGCUGCCUCUCCACGGUCUCCCAUAUUCCUUGCCCCUGCUAGAGACCCCAGCCCCACCCGGUCGGUGAUAUCCUCUCGACCAGCUCGCUCUGUCCGAGACCUCAGUCCGAUACGCUCGAGGCCACCGUUUAGCGAGGCAAGGAGUAGUAGUCCCGUUCGCCGCCCACGUCCCCCAACUUCCGUCACCAGUGAGCAACCACCUCCAAAAAGUCGGAUAUGGCAGGAAUUGCAGGAAGUCCGACGAAGGUCGCGUCCACCAUCGAGUCGCGGAUGA